AUGUACUCACUAAAGUCACAGAAAAAAAAUUAUUGUUAUUUACGAAAAAAUUUAAUCUUUUUAAUUAUUUUUAUUCUUUUUAGUUGUGUCACUAUUUAUUAUGUCAAUUUACGAGAUGUUUCUGCUGGGCCGCCGUACAUUAUGCAUUCUGCACAUCGAUCUAACGUAAAUAAUUUGUCCUGUCAUUACGACGAUGAAGGGGAUGUGCUUCCAUGGGCUGAAGGUCCCAACUUUUCGCCGAAGUUCAACUCGAUAUUCUUUCACGAAACAUCAUGUCGUGGAGGCUUAAACUCUCGUCAGGCGUGCUCCAUCGAGUCUGCGGCGAGGGCACAUCCAAGGAGACAAAUCUAUGUUCUAUUCAGUGGACCCAUCAUGAAGCUAGUGUAUCAGAGAAGCUGCAUAGCUAAAUUACGGCUCCUACCAAACGUACAUUUUGCUAGAGUGCAUAUAGAAGAAUAUGCAAAGAACACCCCUUUGGACGGCUUAGUAGCAAGUAAUGAAUUUAAAGAGAGUAAAUGGCGCAUAGAACAUACAUCUGAUGUCCUCAGAUAUUUGACUCUGUACAAGUGGGGGGGAGUGUAUCUGGACACAGACAUUAUGGUCGUGAAAUCUCUGACACCUCUCGGUCACAAUUGGGUAGCGAAGGAAGACAAUGGGCUCGUGAAUGCAGCAGCUAUAGCCAUUUCCAUGGACCACCUCGGAAGACGACUCGCGAAGACUAUUGUAAAUGAAGUGAAAACGACGUAUAGACCCGAUGUUUUUAUACAUAAUGGUCCGGGCGCGAUAACGAGAGUGUUACACCAUAUGUGCAAUAAAUCUGAUCCGAACGAAUGGUCUGCUAACACAUGUCAAGGGCUUGAAGUGUAUGGUCCGGAAUAUUUUUACCCAGUCCAUUAUACCAGAAAUAACGAUUAUUUUAAACCUGGAACGCUGAGGAACGUAGCAAACGCUUACACUCAUCAUUUAUGGAACAAAAUAACUUACAAUACAACAAUAGAAAAGGAUUCCCCAUAUGAGAAGAUGGCUCAGCAACUUUGCCCUCUAAUUUAUGAAAUGUAUGGAGAUGAAUUUGGGAUAUAA